UGUAGGCAACCACGCAAUACAACCAUCUAAAAAUAAAUGUCACACGAAAAUUUUGUUUUUAUACUGCUUACAACAUACAAAAAUAAUACAUUUAUAUAAAAUUAUUUUUUACUUAAUAUAUGUUCAAAUAAUCCAAAUAAAUUGGUUGCUGAUAUUUGUAACAAGAAAAUAUUUACAGGUUAGAUAUUUGGUUGUAUACAAAACAUGCACCAAGAUGCAACGAAUUUGCAAACGAUUUCUAUCAACGACACUGCCGAACCUGCGAAAAGUACAGGCAACAAAUCUCAAAGGCAAAAAGAAGAGCUCGCAGGAAUGGAUACAACGCCAACUGAAUGAUCCAUAUGUACAAAAAGCAGAUGUUUUCAAUUACCGAUGUCGUAGUGCUUUUAAACUCUUGGAAAUAGACGAAAGGUUCAAAAUCCUCCAACCAGACAAGGAACAAGUCAUUAUAGAUUGUGGCGCAGCACCAGGUUCUUGGUCUCAAGUUGCAAAGAAAUAUUCAGGGCCAAAUAGCACUAUUAUAGCCAUUGAUAAAUUGCAACUGUAUCCAAUUGAAGGUGUGCAUAUUCUUGGCAAUCAAGAUUUCACCACUGCACAUGCCAAACUACAAGAAUUAUUGGAUGAUAAGAAGGUGCAUGUUGUCCUAUCAGAUAUGGCACCCAAUGCAACAGGGAUCAAGUCAAUGGAUGGUGAAAACAUAGUCACUUUAGGAUAUUCAGUGCUGAAAUUUGCAGUGACAGUCAGUGAGCUAGAUGCAUGUCUUUUGAUUAAACUGUGGCAAUGUGCAGAAGCAAAAAAAUUAGAACAGGACAUGUGCAGAUUUUACGAAAGUGUUAAAGUUGUAAAACCACAGGCCAGUAGAAGUGACAGUGCUGAAAUAUUCCUCCUUGGUAGGCACUUCAAAGGCUUGUCUACAGCCUAGUGUCUAGUAUUGUAUAAAUAAACACAGUGUACAAAUUACUUAGGAUUUAUCAUAUACAAAUUAAUAUGUAAAAGCACUAUUAAUAUAUCAACAUUAAUUGAAGCUAGAA